ACACCAAGUUCGGCAGAAAUGGCGAGUUCUCUUCCUUUGGAAGCAGUGAUGUCCUGCCCGAGACUCGAUAACAGGAGCGGGGCCACAGCAGCACCCAAAUCCCUGGCCUUUUCGAUUGACAGGAUCAUGUCCAAGACUUCGGAACCAAAAAGCUCCCUGGAGGACCGGAGAGGACUGGAGGGUUCGGAAGGGAAAAAGAUGGUCAGCCUCUGCUCACCCAUCCCUUGCAUGAUCCCCAUACAGCCAUUCAGUUACGAUUUACAAGCAAAAGCGCUAAUGAACUAUUCCGAAUUUUGGAAGGCUAAUUUCAGGGGGACAUUAUGUACUUCAUCGGCUAUGUGUAAAGCAAAUUGUGGGGUAUGUAGCAAAACGGAUUCUGGUCACAAGCAUUCCUUACUGCCAGGGACCAGGGUUAUCAAACCGCAGGUAAUACACCAAGCGGUGGCAAUGCCCACUAACGGGUCAUUGUACUACUUCAACUACUUGGACUCUGCUUAUCAUCAUUCUGAUCUGUUGAGCGGACAUUUAUUUUCCUCGGCCAUUGCGAGCACACAAGCACAAGCUACCCUUAGUGCACAUCAGAAAUUACUGCUGCUGGAGAAUGCCAAACUUGCCAGCGCUUCAGCCGAGAAAUUUCCUUCACCACAGUACCCGCAUAAAGAGCAUCUACCAGGGCAACUAGACCAGAUUGUGAAAGAAAAUAACAAUUUGACAACAGAAAAGAACGGCGUGAAGGCACACAGCAAAGCGAAUAACUGUUCCACUGAUGGGAAACCGAAAAACUUUACUUGUGAAGUUUGUGGAAAGGUAUUCAAUGCACAUUAUAACUUAACGCGUCACAUGCCAGUGCACACAGGCGCGAGACCGUUUGUGUGUAAAGUGUGUGGAAAAGGUUUCCGUCAGGCAAGCACGUUGUGCAGACAUAAAAUUAUUCACACACAGGAAAAACCUCACAAAUGCAAUCAGUGUGGAAAAGCUUUCAACAGGAGUUCAACAUUAAAUACUCACAUUCGAAUUCACGCUGGCUACAAACCUUUCGUUUGUGAGUUUUGCGGGAAAGGUUUCCACCAAAAAGGGAAUUACAAAAAUCACAAACUGACACACAGCGGCGAGAAACAGUACAAAUGUUCCAUCUGCAACAAAGCCUUCCACCAGAUCUAUAACCUCACGUUCCAUAUGCACACGCAUAACGACAAGAAACCAUUCACCUGUGGGACCUGUGGGAAAGGCUUCUGUCGGAAUUUUGACUUGAAAAAGCACAUACGGAAAUUGCACGACAAUAGUUCGUGUUUAACGACGGGGAAUGAUUCUUCCAGAGGACUCCAAAGUUGA